AUAGAAUAUGCAAACCUCCGGCGGCCGAUCGCCUGCGGAUAAUUACCGUUGGCGAAACGGUGCAGUGGAUGCGUUCACAUACAUGCUGCUGGCACAACUCUUGGUAUAUGUGUGCGGCUUGCGCAGAUUCAACGAUCAAUGGCAGAGCCUGAUCCUACCUCGACCGCCAAUGGCGCAACCGAGCCCGCCGUCAAUGGCGAGCACUCGCAGUCACAAUAUACCCUCGACUUAAAAAAGCUGCAUAGCUUGCCGUCAGAGCAGCAGAGCUUGUAUCUACUUACCUUCCUGGCUGACUUUGUUCGUCAUGUUGAAGCACUGGAUGCUGAAGGCGUCAACGCUGAACAAUCGGCGCUAAAGAAAGAGCUUUUCCAAAUCAUAACAUUGUCCUCCCCGCCGGUUUCACGUGUUAUAAGGGAUAAUCUAUCGAGAUGUUUUGGUAGCAUCUUCAGCAAAGGGAACCGGAAGCUCCUGUACGAGACCAUCAACGAACUUGUCGCCAUCGUGCAGGCAAGAGACAAGGAUCUCAGAGCCAAGCAUGCGGCCACCUCAUCUUUGGGGGCAGUGUACGAAGCUGCUGGUGACAGUGCCAUGAGCUUGUCGCCUUUGGCCUGUACGGCACUUCUGAAGGCUUUCAAGGUCGCAUCUGGUGACGCAGGGUUUCGGAGCGCUUUGUUCAAGUCUCUGAGUCGCAUUCUGAAGGGCAUCAAUACAGCUGUAGACGAGGAGAUCGGCCGCAGUACCUGGAAGCAGGCACGCAAUGCUGCGAGUGGCGACAGAGCCUUGCUAGUACAAGCGAGCGCAUGUGCAUGCCUCGAGCAGCUCAUACGAACUACGCCAUACUUUGACAACUCCAACGAAUUUGACAAGCUGCAGACGGCUCUUUAUAAAGCUCUCGAAAGUAAUUCUGUGGCUGUGCGACAUGCGGCAGCUUCCUGCCUUGCUGCUCAACUGGUGAAGAGCUACUCUGGUCCGCUUGGUCCAGAUGCCGUGCCUCAAAUUCGGAGGCCGCGUAAACCAAAGAAGGCAGCCAAAAGUGAAGAGUUGGACGAAGAGCUCGCACGUUCGUCUUCACCAGCGCCUGAAAAGCCAGCCACCACACUUUCCUACACCUUGAUUGAAAUGCUCAGGAUUCUUUCUACCCACUACGGACGCGCAACGACAACGAACAAAGCUCGGGCAGGCAUCGCGGUGUGCUACAUCAAGGUGUUCAAGGCGCUUGGUGAAAGCGUGGUUGAGAAGGCCUUCGGAGACAUCGCGCGCCAUCUAUUUAGUGAUGUGCUGAGCCAUCCAAGCCUGCAUUGGAACAAGUAUAGGCAGCUGCUAAGUCGGAAAUUCAUUCGUGUUAUUCUGGAGCGCGUAAUCGGGAGAAUGCUUGGCGAGACUGCACAGCUUAACGCAUGCCGCUUUCUACUGAACGACAUUGUCAAGGACUAUCCGCAAGCAGUGAGGGAGCGCCCAGAGCCAACUAAGCAGACACUGAUCGGAGCCCUCAGCACGAUCGCCUCACUCACCGAGUACUUGGGAGCAGCGAUUGCGACUCUCGCUGAUACUUGUAGAGAGGCGCUUAUACAGGUCUUGCAGCAUCCUAACUUCACCGUACAGAUCCAUGCCGCGCGAGCGUUGCGCACGUUUGUGCUUGCUUGUCCGCAGCAAUUGCUACCCACCGUUACCAUAUGCAUGAACAGCGUUAGCAGGGAGCUUAAUCUGCUUGCCGGCCCACGUCAAGGUCCGAAACGCUGCAUUGGGUAUGCUCAUGGGCUUGCCGCUGUCCUCAGCGCAUCCAGUCAUCAUCCUCUGUACGGCUCAGUGGACGUUUAUGCGAGGGUGCUGCAGCAAGCCACGACCUUGCUGAAGUCUAGCGGUAGCUCAGACCUGCGCAUCUCAAGCUGUCAGCUGCAGGUCGCUUGGGUCAUGAUAGGGGGUCUAAUGUCGUUAGGGCCGAACUUUGUCAAGAUACAUCUGUCGCAGCUUAUGCUACUAUGGAAGAACGCUUUGCCAAGGCCUGCGACCAAAGACCACACGAGUCACCGGAACAUGAUUGAGCUCAGCUACCUUGCACACGUCAGAGAGUGUGCCCUUGGGUCCAUCAAAGCAUUUCUCACUUUCAAUCGAAGGCUGCUAACAUCCGAUAUCUCAAGAAGAUUGUCGGCUAUGCUGGAGAACUCUGUCAUUUUCCUACAGGGCUUGCCUGAGAAGAAGACGAGUGAUGAUCCUAACAACAGACUCUCACCGGUCCUGCAAUUGCAAGAUUACGAGGUGAUGGUGCGCCGAAGGGUCUUUCAAUGCUUUUCGCAGUUACUUACUCUGGCCCCUGCUGAUAGCAUUGAGACCACUGCACACUCCACUGUAUUACCAUUAGCCGUUGCAAGCUUCUCAGACCCUGACUAUCUUGCACCCAUCUCGCUAGGCGCGGCCAUUGCAAGCGCAGCCGCGGCCUUUGAGACCAUCUGGGAUGUUGGAGAUAACACCGGGUUUGGAGUCACUGGACUUGUCCACGGAUUAGUCGUUACGAAUCCCGUCACCCACAUGCCCAGCAGUCAUUGGUCUUGCCGGCAGGACACAGAACACACCAUCAAUGAUGCAGUAAGCUCCCCAAUCGGCUGCGCCCCGGAGUAUGAUGCAACAUCAGUCUACGCUGAUGGCCAAGGUGGUGACGAGGUCUUUCCGGCAGGCACUGAAGCAGUGAAUGCUGCUAUUGCCGCCUUUGGCCUCAGCCUACCCUUGCAAGCUCCGCGCAUUCAAGAAGGCAUGCUGGAACAGAUAGCGUCUUCUCUCAGCGCGCCGUCCCUAUCAAAAGAUCCAGCGCGGAAGUCUGCCAUCACCGUCAACGUAGCACUCGCGCUGAAGACGGCCUGUAAUGUUUGCAAUGGAGAAGUCUCCGUUACACAGGGCAGUUUGCGAAGCGGAACAACAGAGAAGACAUUGCAAUCUCUGCUACACGCCAUUAUACAAGAUCCUGAGCACAGUGUGCGGCUGAUGGCUGCAGACGCGAUUGCGGACCUCUGUUUCCAGUCUGGCAACGCCACAACCGCUGCUGAAAUCACGUUUCUGACAGACACUAUCAUCAAGAACCGGGAGCCGCACGUACGCGCAGGCUGCGCAAUCGCUCUUGCAAGGAUACACGAUCAGCUCGGCGGCAUGGCCGCCGGCUUCCACAUGAAGAACAUCGUAGGUAUACUGAUGUCGCUGGCGGCAGACACCCACCCGCUUGUGCACUUCUGGGCACUUGACAGCCUGGCGCAGGUCGCCGAAUCAGCUGGACUGAACUUCUCGGGCUAUGUUACGAGUACAAUUGGUGUCCUGAGUCAACUAUACGUCUCUGACACCCAUAAUGUUGAGAUUGCCGCUUUUGCAUCAAGCAACAUGAUAAUGGCAUUGCCGGUCACGGCCUCCAUUGCGAGAUCUAUUGAUUCCACGAUCAACGUCUUGGGUCCGGAUCUCCAGGAUAUGGCGAAACCACGUGAUAUGAUUCUGAUGUUGGUACGACUAUUUUCGCUGGAGGAAGAUUGUGCUGUUCUGCUCGAGAGCCUGCGGUGCAUGGAGCAUCUAUCGCUCUACGCACCUGGCUAUGUCGAUUUCACGGCCUACAUAGAACGUUUGCAGGCCGACAUCGACUCAGAGAUGGCCGAGCUGUCGAGCGUUGCGUUACAUGGCCUGUCCGUAAUCAUGCGGCGAGAUGCGCCUCAGAUCAUGCGUACCGCAAGGCCGGGUCUCGAAGAACGACUGUGGGACCAUUUAAACAUGUCGCCAGCGACGGCUGUUAUCCGCGGUAUCUUCACUACUUGGCUGCAUCAGAGCGGACCUAGUGAUCCAGCGGGAUGGAUCCAGCGUUGCAAUGCCAUACUUACCAAGACUAAGGCCAAGGUUGAGCAACCGAAAACGGCUGCGGUCAAAGACACCGCUGGUCCUGACUUGCAGGACGAAGAGAUUGCAGGCUUUGCUGUUGCUGAUGGCGCAACGAAGGAGGAAGAAGAGACCCAAGCGCCGAGCUCCACGCAAGAACUUAUGCGAUGGCAGGUCCGGCUCUUCGCCAUGUCAUGCUUGCACGACCUCAUCAUCGACAUCAGUAAAGAAGCUGCAGUAUCCGAAAACAGCCUAGGAGAGGCAGCUCUGCAACAAAGGGUGGCGGAUGUUGUCCGUAUUGCGUUUUCCGCCUCUACUGCGGGAGUGGCUGCGCUUCGUGUGGUCGGCAUGCAAAUCAUAGAUAAAGUGCUGAAGAUGUUCGGCCGCACCCCAGAUCCGGACUUUCCCGAAGCCAUGCUGCUCGAGCAGUAUCAGGCUCAGAUCAGCUCUGCUCUUACUCCGGCCUUCGCGACAGAUUCCUCCCCCGAGCUUGCAGCUGCAGCUGUGAGCGUGUGCGCUACAUUCAUCGCGACCGGCAUUGUCACUGAUGUGGACCGAAUGGGCCGGAUAUUGAAGGUCCUUGUGUCCGCACUCGAUAGCUUCUCCAGAGAUGCCGAGUCAGCCAGCAUCGGUGACCUCAGAGCGCUCAGCGCAAAUGCGCAGCUGAUGGUACGAAUGGCGGUCUUUUCCGCCUGGGCGCAACUGCAGAUCGCCAGCUCAGAGCAGACAUACCUGGAGAAAGUCGUGAAGCCGCAUAUCGCGCAGCUCGUCCCAUUAUGGUUGGCGUCUUUGAGAGAGUAUUCGCGUCUACGCUUCGAGCCUGAAAUCUCAGCCAAUGCAGAUACUGCACCGUUGUCGUCUGAACUCGAUUCGGUAUACGCCGCUUUGAACAGGCAGACACUACUCAGCUUCUACACUGACUCGUGGCUGAGUCUUGUGGAUGCGAUUGCAAGCUUGAUCGACGAAGACAGCGAGUUCGUGUUCGAGGCAUUAGACGGGAAACACCAGGAUACCAAUGACCACGAGCCAGCCGAUGUAGAGGCUGUAAACGGCAUUACAAGGAAGCCUACCGGGAUAAACUACCGCGAAGAGCCCGUGGCCUUCUUUUUCGUACUCUUCGGGCUGGCUUUCGAAUCACUGGCGGCGCGUAGUAUGGACGAUGUUGUCACCACUCAGCAGCGCAACCUUGAUAUACUACGCGCAUUAAAGAAGAUACUGUUACCGUCAGUGGCCGGCAGCGCUAUCUACCAACCUGUCGUCUUCUCUGAGACGGUGGACCUGCUGUCUAGGAUGGUUUUCCUGGAGGCUCUCAACGUGCAGGUGCUGGUGGUGGAGAUUGCGCGCAACCUUUGUCUAGCCCACCCUUCCGCGAGGCACGGCCUUCAAACACCUGUGAAUGGCGAGGCACUCAAUGACGAUGUCGAGCAACUCUUCGAGCUCACCCGCAUUAUCGUUUUGGUGCUUGGUGGCGUGGUUUCUGGACUUGCCGACAUACCGGUAUCAGUUCGAUUGGAGACAUCGGAGGAAGCGCAAGCUCUAGCUCGGCUUGCGCUACAAUCACUUGUCGAUGUCUCUGAGGUCUUCCCCGCGAUCAUCCAGACCGACCUGCAUGCAUCCAUUCUUCACAUUUUCGUGACGAUCCUCAUGACUGGAUCCUGUCAAGCUUCUGUCGUGCCACAGUCGCUGCCGAUCUUCCGUCGCUUCGUAGCCAGUAUCGCAGACGACAUGAGCGCCGAGACGCGCAGUCAGCUCAAGAGCGUUCUAGCACGCAUGUUAGUGAUAUUAAAGAAUGCACAACAGCGUGAGAUGGAUUGGAGUCUCCAAUGUGAGAAGAGUACCCUACUCGCCGUGAGCAUCCUGCUGUCUACGGCCUCGAGUGCCUUCGACAAUGACGAUACUCUGGUGCCCCGUUUCCUUGUCGAACUGUGCGAAAGCUUGGAAGCCCCUACGACGUCUCGAGUUGCAGCCAGCUGCAUGCGGACUUUGCUAAUGGCUGGAGUGGCGCCGGCGCCCUUAAUAACCUGCGCGUUGGCCUUCCUGCGCCACCCUACAGAUCUCGAGGGCUUGGAAGAGAGUAAAAGCUUGACAGCGCAAACACUAAUCAUGUACACGUCUAGAGUCAGGCCUGAACAGCGGCCCGUCUUCAUUGCUCUACUUAUGGAGACGCUGCUGGAGCGCGCGCAACGUGACGGACCUAAAGUAUUCGACGAUACUGCCGUGCGCUUGUUGGAUCUAGCGGUCAUGGACAAUGCGAGCUUCAGGGUCAUCGUAUCGCAUAUGCGUAGCGAGCGGCGCGGCUUGCUCGAACAGAUACUGAAGUCACGAAAUGGCGUCCAGCAGACACAGGACGCCGCAUUAAAUGGCCGGGAGCCUUCUAUAGCACUGAAGAUGAACUUUGGUAGUUGACAGCUUACGCCAUGCCACUUUCUUUUGUGGCAUUGUGAACAAGCGAAUCGCAUGAAUUAUCCACACAUUACAAGCCGCUAUGUAGGUUUUG